CCCAACUUCAUCAAACUAACUUCCAUUUUCUCCUCCUUAAAACUCUCUUGCCACCAUGCUUUCAUCACUCUCUAUUCUUCCUAUUCUAGUCUUCCUUUUCUUGUUGGUACUUGCAUAUGAUCUCAUACGGCGGAGCUACCACCGCACAUCACCAGGGAGACUCCGGCUACCGCCAGGCUCAAUGGGUUGGCCUUACAUAGGUGAAACUCUCAAGCUCUUCACUGAAAACCCAAAUUCAUUCUUCUCCAACCGAGAAAAAAGGUAUGGGAAAAUAUUCAAAACACACAUAUUGGGGUGCCCUUGUGUGAUGAUAUCAAGUCCUAAAUUAGCAAAGAUGGUGUUGGUGAGUGAAUCACAUAUGUUUAAACCAACAUAUCCUCUAAGCAAAGAAAAGAUGAUCGGCCCAGAAGCCGUUUUCUUUCACCAAGGUCCAUACCAUACCCAUCUCAAGAAACUGAUCCAGUCGUCGUUUCUUCCUUCUAAGAUCAAAGGUUCGGUUUCCCAAAUCGAAGACAUCGUUCUCAGGCUUCUUCCCACUUGGGAACAUAAUCACACCAUCAACACUUUACCUGAGAUGAAAAAGUAUGCUUUUGAAGUGGCAAUGUUAUCAGUUUUUGGGAAGAAGUUGGAGUCAGAGAUUGAAGGAAUAAAGGGUUUGUAUCAAUGUUUGGAAAAAGGGUACAACUCCAUGCCUUUGGAUCUUCCUGCCACUCCAUUUAAUAAAGCAAUGAAGGCAAGAAAGGCUCUACAUGAGAAACUAAGGAGGGUGAUAGAGAAGAGAAGGGAGAGUGGGGAGACUGGUGAAGGAUUGUUAGGGACAUUCAUGUUGUCAAAUGAAGUAGAAGGGAAGAUGAAACUGAGUGAAUCACAGAUAGCUGAUAACAUAAUAGGGGUGAUAUUUGCAGCUCAUGAUACCACUGCAACUGCUCUUACAUGGCUCCUCAAAUAUCUCCAUGACAAUCCACAUCUCCUCCAUGCUGUCAAGAGGGAACAAGAGGAAAUACGGUGCAAAAGACUUGAAGCCAAACGUAGGAUUACAUGGGACGAUACAAGGCGAAUGCCAUUAACUACCCGUGUAAUACAAGAGACUUUGAGGGCUGCGAGUAUACUUUCGUUUACUUACAGAGAAGCAGUAGAAGAUGUAGAAAUGGAAGGAUAUUUGAUACCAAAAGGUUGGAAGGUCCUUCCACUCUUCAGAAGUAUCCAUUACUCAUCUCACUUCUUCCCUAACCCCAACAAAUUUGAUCCAUCAAGAUUCGAGGUUGCACCUCAGCCCAACACAUAUAUGCCAUUCGGGAACGGUGCCCACUCGUGUCCAGGAAGCGAACUGGCUAAGCUCGAGAUGCUCAUCUUCGUUCAUCACCUCACCACCACUUUCAGAUGGGAAGUGAUAGGAGAAGAGGGGAUACAAUACGGGCCGUUUCCCGUACCCCGAGACGGCUUACCGAUCAAAGUCUACCCUGUUAAGAAGGAUUAACAAUGUUGAAGAUUAAGGUGUUGUUUUCAUGGGGUCAAAAGUUGUACCCUAUUAAGUUACACUUUUAUUUAUGAUGCACAUAUUUGUAAAAAAGUGUAAUUACUAAAAAAAAAGAAGGUAAAAUAGGCAGAGACAAUUGAUGAGGGGGCCCAUUGUGGUCACUACGGCAGGACCAACUGUUGAUGUCACCUGUGAAUUAGGAAAGAUACAAAAUAAAAGUUUAUAUAAAAAUCAUUCAUGAAACAUGUGUAACCUCCUCUUUUUGGGAAUCAUUUCUUACAUCGUAUUCUUUUUAGAUCAAAUUUGUAUGGACCAUGUGAUUGUGUAAAAUCUUUUGUAAAACUUUAGGCAUAUGAAUUACUUUCAA